AUGUUGAGAAAAGAACUACAAUCGAACUAUACCGAUUGGAAGACGAAUAGACGAAUAACGUUGCCAUCGGUUGAAACGAAUGAACUAUGGUGUUUUGUUCUCAGGCUACUCCAGAAUUAUUUAUGUUUCGUAGAAGAACAAUUAAAAAACAAUGAAAACCCUCCAAAUUUGUACGAAAACCUAUGCAACGUUACCAAGUUGUUGUACAGCCAUUUCCUAUUUAAUUUUCUUGAAGCGCUACGGUGCUUUGGUUACCUUGUGGUCAAACAAGUGCUGGAAUGUUACGUACAAAUUCUUUCGAUCGUGUGUUCGAAUAGGGUGUAUUUAAACGAUUUGGAUAAAUUCAUAUCGGAUUGCUAUGCACAUUUUUUAGUCUACGACAAACAAGUAGAACUAUUCAGUGUUUUGAACAACACCAUUUCUUAUCUGGACGAUUUAAUUAGUUGCAAUCAACUGAAAAACAUAAGUUUGAUCGAAAGUAUCGAAUACCAGUUAAUAAAAUGUAUAUCGAUAAUUGGAUUUUCCAUCGAAAACGAUAGUGCUAAACUUCAAAACGUGUUAACGAAAUUAACAAAAGUAGCAGAACAACAUUCUUUUGUGGACAAAAACAAUGCUAAUACAUUUUUGAUAACCACGUUGAAAUUGUGUUGUGCAUUUCAAAACCACAAGGACAAUAUGAAUAUGUUGGCCGGUUGGGCGCAGUCAUCUUCCAAAUUAAUUGGACGUAUCGACGGCAAAAGCACAGAUUUCAAUAUGAAAUGUUUAAAAUUGAAAACCGUGUUUAACAACUCUACGCUGUCGAUGGAACUAUGUAAAUGUUUACGCGAAGAAAUCAAACACAUAUCGUGGAGUUUGUCCAAGCUUGAAGCGGAGAAAAAAGUUUCCACUUCGGCGACCGUAUGCCCCCUCAAACAAAACAAAACGUUUGUUCAGGACCAUUUGGAAACCGUGGAGACAAUCAUCCAACAAACGAUAAAAGCAAUGUCGAUCGCAAACUAUUUCGUACAAUCAAAAAAAAUACCUUUAGGGCAGAUGACGGAAUUUUUAUUUGAAACCGUUUGCGAUUUAAUCAACGCGAUAAACGGCAUAAUUAAAUUAUUCCACGAUUGUUCGACUGCCGAAGAUCCGACUUAUAAAACUACAUCGUUGAGUACAGUUAAUAAUAUGUUAUUACAUUUUUACCACUUGUUGUAA